CCCCGGCCUUUGCCCUCGUGGGGGCGGGGCCUCCUGUCGCGUGUGUCCGACGGCCUUUACAGGGAGGUUAGGAACUGAGGGCGAUUCUGCCAAGCCGUGUGGCCACGGAUAUGGCCACGAAUUAGCUCGGGCGUAGUGUUGUACGGGUGCUCGCCCACUCCUUGCAGUUAUCCUUGCUCUUCUCCCACCGCGCCUCCGGGAGGCCUUGGCGCCUUGAGCGCCCGAGCGAGUGUCUGCAGGUUCGGAGUGGGCCAUGGAGGUGCGGCAGCCGGCGCCACGGAGCCUCCUCUGCAGGGCGCCGAGUCCUUUCCCUCGUGUCUUUGCUGCCGAAGCUGUGGCCGCCGAUCCCAAGACUCUUGUGGAGGACCAGAAGCUGCCUUCCUACGUCCCAGAACCCCAGUACCCGGAAUCCGGAUGGGACCGCCUCCGCGAGCUGUUUGUCAAAGAUGAACAGCAGAGAACUUCAAAAGAACUUCAGGAUAUUUACAAAGCAGCAAUUUCAGCAGGCAUCAUUGGCUGGGCAUAUGGGGGGAUACCAGCUUUUAUUCAUGCUAAACAGCGCUACAUUGAACAGAGCCAAGGAGAAGUUUACCACAACCAGCUUGAUGCUAUGCAAUCUGCACAUCGUGCUGCUACACGAGGCUUCAUCCGGUAUGGCUGGCGUUGGAGUUGGAGAACAGCUAUGUUUGUAACUGUAUUCAACACGGUGAACACUGGUCUAAGUGUGUACCGAAAUAAAAAUGCCGUAAGCCAUUUUGUCAUUGCAGGAGCCUGGAGAAAGAAGAAUAAAGUUGUUAUAAACAAUAGAAAACACAAAAGACUGUCCUUGUUCACAGAAGCUGUCACAGGAAGUCUUUUUAGAAUAAACUUAGGCCUGCCUGGCCUGGUAGCUGGUGGCAUAAUUGGAGCCUUGUUAGGCACUCCUAUAGGAAGCCUGUUGAUGGCUCUUCAGAACUACUGUGGUGAGACAGUUCAGGAGAGAAAACAGAAGGAUCGAAAAGCAGUCCAGGAGCUGAAAUUGGAAGAGCGGAAAGCCAGACUACAAUUUACUGAGCUCCUCCCUGAAGAAAUUGAAAGUAGUUUACAGAAAAAUCGAUCCAAGGAUGAUGCUAAGAAAAUUGAAGAACUGCUAAAUCUUCCUAGAAACCCUUCGUCAACAGAUACAGAACACAAAGACUGAACAUGCUUGGGACUUAAAACUCAUUGGAGAGUUGGAGGGAGCUAUGUUGCCGUGUCCAUUAAAUGCCAGUUGAUUGGGCUGCUGACAAAUAUAAGCACUGGCAUCUGUAGUGGCAGCGAUCUGCUCUUACUGUUUUUUAAACCCAGAAUUGGGCUGCUGUACUCUACUCAUCCUUAAAUUUAAGUACACCCUUAUAUCUACAUUGAUUGAUCUAUAUAUUUGACAUAUCUAUAUUGAUUGAUCAAUAUAGGUUUCUUUUCCCUGGAUUUUACAGUAGUAAAUUAAAGAUUUCCCAAAAGAUUUAAGUUGAAUUCUACAGGUUGUAAAUUUAUUCUUGUAGCCCUUUAAAAGAGUACUGUAGGGAUCACUAAGAGAAGGAAAGGAAAGAAGCAGGUAAGGCAGAUGGAUUGUGACACUCUUGUGCCCUUGGGUCCUAGAAAGAGUAAGUACCUAAAUGUGCAGUCGCGUUUGGUUUUGUUUUAGUAAAAAUCAAAGAUGGUUCCUAUGCCAUUUGAAAUAAAAUAAAACUCAAUAAAAAGGAAGUAGGUAAGCAUUGUUAAACAGUCUGACCUUGUUUCCUCUCUCAGUAAUGCUGACAAAGUAUUUCUGCUGUAGUAUACAAAAAAAAAGGGUUACUCAGAAUAGAAACAUUGUCUCUCUGCUCCAGGAGCCUGCUGCCCCAGAUGGAGGCUGCUCUGCAGAUUGUAACUUUUACCAAAUGAGAGGGAAGAAUGACUGAAUGGAGUGUACUGAGAGGAAAAAACUGCUAGUGCUUUGUGUUGGGGUUAGACCUCUUAGUUCCUACUCUGAAACUACUGUUGUUCACCAGCAGUGAUUGUGAAGCAGCCUAGAGGAGUGGCUAAAGCCCUGGGCUCCGGAGGCUGACCACUGGCUUAGAAUCUCAGCCCUGGGACCUUGCGGCCAUGUGACCUACAUCCAAGCCGUUUUACUUUAAGUUUCAAGUUUUCUCACCUGUCAAAUGAAACAGCAUCUACCUCAGAAUAGGCAUGAAAUGAAAUGAUGUGUGUAAAAUACAGCACAAUGCCAUGGCACACAGGACGCCAUCUAGUAACAGAUUUUAGCAGCUAAAAGGAUAUGCACCAGCCUGUUUUCACCAUGAUUUACAUACUAUUGCCACACUCCAAAAAGCAGGUUUUGCUUAAUUAUCCCAUUCAUAAGUUGCUGACAAAUUGACCGUUAGUCAAUCUGUUUAUUGUUUUAUUCACAGUCACAUAUAGAUUAAAUCCUUCAACUAGAAAUUAUAAAAUUAGAUGGUUUUAAAAUAAUUUUAUUCAUAUCACAAAAAUAUAAGAAUAACAAAAGUAAAAUAUAACUGAAAAAAUACUAGUAACACAUUUAUUAAAUGUGAUAGGCAAUAAUUUACUAUAACUUAAAGUACAAAUAAGCUGUCUCUUAGGUUUGUACUGUUUUGUGGUUAUUUCUAGAGGUCUCCUUUUGAUGUCCAAGGAUUAUGAAUCUUAACUAAAUGCAGCAAUUCCUGGGUUUUUUUGUUUUUUGGGGGUGGUUUUUUUUGUUUUGUUUUGUUUUUGGUUGCUGUUUGUUUAAAUCCUUGUGAUUUUGUUCUGUGAGCCAGCAUUUAUAAGUGUACCUCUGUUCCUUAGACUAUAUAGAGUAAUCUGGUCCCUUUAUAGCUACCAAAAUUAAACAUUUUAAAUCCAGCUACAUUUGAGAAACUUAGUCAACUCUUGCUGACCAACUCCAUAUUUUCAAAUGAGAAUGACUGAUUGCCCCAGGUUAAGUUAGGUUCACUCCUGGUCCAGUGAGCAUGGAAGGCAAUUUCAGAGAAAGAGGAGUCAUGAGUUAAGUAAUGUAGGAACAGCACUUGGCCAUUCCUUUCUUAACAAUCCUCUGCUGGUGUCGGAGGGAUCCAGAAAUACCAUGGAGGAAAAGCCACUUUAGGGAUCUAAGGAAGCCCUGAGGAAUGCUGUUUUCAUUACUUCAAUCAAUUUCUGCUAAAGACAGCUUACUCUUUAGUACAUACACAGUAAAACCUGUCGCAUUUAAAAUGAGAAACUUCUCAUAAAGAUUUUACAAAUGAAAUUAAACUAGCAUAAAGCCAUUUAAGGAGAGUAUCAGUCCAAUGUGAACCAAACAGAUUAUCACUCUCCGACCUUACUUUUUCUGUGAGGUAUAAGUCAGUCCCCUACAUACCAAUAUUCAAGUGGCGAACUGUCUUUUUUUUUUUUUUUUAACUAAAAAUAAAUUUUAAUUCCUUUAUAUGUCUUUGAAGUAACAAAAUAGAUAUGCCAAUUUUUAUUACAAAAAUGAACUUAAGCUGUUUUCAUUUGCAGUUACUUUCUAGAACAAGUUAUUGGUUAGUUCAUAAAUUUUAAACAGAAAAAAAGCUUGUGUGUGUUUUGUACACUUGCACAGCUUUUGCUAAAUCUUUUCUUAGGGAAGUUUGCAUUUUUUUUUCCUUAACGGUUUAUUGGUUGCCUCAGUCUUAACCACAAAGGUUGACAGUGUGUAUUAAGUACAUUGUUAUGCCCUUCUCUAAUACAGUAUUUACUUUGGCUUACCAACUUUUUUCCAAGGAAUUAUCAAGAAGCAUUCAUCUGGGCUUUUCAUAGUAUUGAUUUAUUUUUUAGUUGCUCCUAUUAAAAGAAAAAAACCAGUUCAGCAGAAUCUAUUCCUGUUUGACCUAUGAUCUGGUAAGUUUGAUUUACUUUAGAAACAAAAAAUAAAGUCAUUCUGUUUGCACUUAUUAACAAGUUGCGAACUUUCAAAGACGCGAAAGUGUGUUUGCAUGUCCAGUUACGUAAGCGUGUCUGGCAUACCUUGUCACGUGCGUGCAUUCUCUAUAAGUGCUUGUGCUUUUGUGUACUUUACAGAACUGUAUAGAGUACAGUAGUACACUAUCUUUAUUUCAAGCCCAGAAUGUCUGGAAGCAAGCAUAAAGUCAGCAGU